CGCAGUGCGUGGCCCGCUCGUCAGGGCGCCGCUGAGUCGGAGCGCUUGGAGGGUCGCUCGCUCCCUCGGCCGGGCAGGCGGGCGGCGCGAUGGGCCCGUAGCCGAGCGCGGAGGAGGAAGAGGAGGAGAACGCCGCCGCCGCCGCCAUGGCCGACCCGGCCCCGGCUCGCAGCCUCGACGACAUCGACCUCUCCGCCCUGCGGGACCCUGCCGGCAUAUUUGAGCUGGUGGAGGUGGUCGGCAAUGGGACCUACGGGCAGGUCUACAAGGGCCGCCAUGUCAAGACGGGGCAGUUGGCUGCCAUCAAGGUCAUGGAUGUCACGGAGGAUGAAGAGGAGGAGAUCAAGCAGGAGAUCAACAUGCUGAAGAAGUACUCCCAUCACCGCAACAUCGCCACCUACUAUGGGGCCUUUGUCAAGAAGAGCCCUCCCGGGAAUGACGACCAGCUCUGGCUUGUGAUGGAGUUCUGCGGUGCUGGCUCCGUGACGGACCUGGUGAAGAACACUAAGGGCAACGCGCUGAAGGAAGACUGCAUCGCCUACGUCUGCCGGGAGAUCCUCCGGGGACUGGCUCACCUCCACGCCCACAAGGUGAUCCACCGAGACAUCAAGGGGCAGAAUGUGCUGCUCACGGAGAACGCGGAGGUGAAGCUGGUCGACUUCGGGGUCAGUGCCCAGCUGGACCGCACAGUGGGGCGUCGGAACACGUUCAUCGGUACCCCUUAUUGGAUGGCACCGGAGGUGAUUGCCUGUGAUGAAAAUCCAGAUGCCACGUAUGACUACAGAAGCGACAUCUGGUCCCUGGGGAUCACUGCCAUUGAGAUGGCCGAAGGAGCCCCUCCCCUGUGCGACAUGCAUCCCAUGCGUGCUCUCUUCCUGAUCCCGCGCAAUCCCCCACCCAAGCUGAAGUCCAAGAAAUGGUCCAAGAAGUUCAUCGAUUUCAUUGACAACUGCCUGAUCAAAGCCUACCCCAACCGGCCCCCCACGGAGCAGCUGCUCAAGUUCCCCUUCAUCCGCGACCAGCCCACCGAGCGGCAGGUCCGCAUCCAGCUCAAGGACCACAUCGACCGCACCCGCAAGAAGAGGGGGGAGAAGGACGAGACGGAGUACGAGUACAGUGGCAGUGAGGAAGAGGAUGAUGGGCGCGGUGAGGAAGGAGAGCCAAGCUCCAUCAUGAACGUCCCCGGGGAGUCCACCCUGCGGAGGGAGUUCCUCCGCCUGCAGCAGGAGAACAAGAGCAACUCGGAGGCCCUGAAGCUGCAGCAGCAGCUGGCCGCCCAGCACCGCGACUCCGAAGCCCACAUCAAGCACCUGCUGCACCAGCGCCAGCGCCGCAUCGAGGAGCAGAAGGAGGAGCGCCGGCGAGUGGAGGAGCAGCAGCGCCGAGAGCGGGAGCAGCGGAAGCUGCAGGGCAAGGAGCAUCAGCGGCGCCUGGAGGACCUGCAAGUGAUGCGCCGGGAAGAGGAGCGCCGGCAGGCCGAGCGGGAGCAGGAGUACAUCCGGCACAAGCUGGAGGAAGAGCAGAGGCAACUGGAGAUCCUGCAGCAGCAGCUCCUGCAGGAACAGGCCCUGCUGCUGGAGUACAAGCGGAAGCAGCUGGAGGAGCAGCGGCAGUCGGAGCGGCUGCAGAGGCAGCUCCAGCAGGAGCACGCCUACCUCAAGUCCCUGCAGCAGCAACAGCAGCAGCAGCAGCAGCAACCGAAGCCCCUCUACCACCACAACCGCAGCAGCGCAGCCGCCCCCGAGAAGCCCCCCUGGGCCCGUGAGGUGGAAGAGCGGAGCUGCGUCAACAGGGAGAACUCGCCCUCCCUGGCCGCCAAGGCCAAGCUGGGAGGCACUGGGCAAGACGCUGCCGCCCAGCCCUGUGCCGAGCCGGGGUCCCUGGCCUCGUCCUCGCAGACGCCCCCCAUGCAGCGCCCUGUCGAACCCCAGGAGGGGCAGCACAAGAGCCACCUGGCCCAUCGCGUCCCGCUCAAACCAUACGCUGCCCCCGUCCCCCGCUCCCAGUCGCUGCAGGACCAGCCCAGCAAGAACAUGGCUGCCUUCCCUGUCCAUGACUCCGCCUCCUCCUCCGCCCCACCCCCUCCUCGCGGGGGCAUGAUCCGGCAGAACUCUGACCCCACUUCCGAGGGGCCUGCCCCACAGCCCUCCCGGCCGACCGCCGACCAGCGAGGACCUUGGGUCAAAAUGGACCCCGAUGGCCCUCCCCAGGUGCCCCAGCGAACGUCCUCCAUAGCAACCGCCCUCAACACCAGUGGAGUGACCGGCAGCAGCAGCACGCGGCCGGUCCACGCUGUCCGAGCCAGGCCCCGUAGCAAGUCUGCGUGGCACAUCCACAUGCAGAGCCGGCUGGAGAAGGGGCCCCGGGGGGGGAACCCUUUGCCAGCCCCUCCUCUCCCCUCACUUGCUGGCCGGACCCCUUCCGGGCCAAACACCAGUAGCAACCCUGACCUCCGCAGGAGUGACCCCGGCUGGGAGCGCGGGGACAACCUGCUGCAGUCGGGGGCCGCCAACCUGCCCCAGGCAGGCUCCCUGGAGCGCAACCGCGUGGCAGCUCCCCUGAAGCUGGAGGGCUCCCCCAUCCUGUCCCAAGGCAGGAAGGCCAAGGCGGACGACCAUCGCUCGCGGCCGGGGAGACCAGCCAGCUAUAAGCGGGCAAUUGGUGAGAAUUUCGUCCUGCUCAAGGAGCGCCCGGAGGAGGCGGCCCCCAAGCCGCUCAAGAAGGCCCUGGACUACUCCUCCUCCAGCGAAGAGGCCGACUCCAGCGAGGAAGAGGAGGAGGAGGAGGAGGAGGAAGAGGCGGGCGAGGGGGAGCACUCGGAGCCUGGCACGAGCACCCCCGGGGCCAGGGACGGCGACACGGACUCAGUGAGCACCAUGGUGGUGCACGACUUGGAGGACCUGACGGGCGGCAGCGGGGGCUCCGAGAGCUCCUACGGCGAGGGCACCAUGCUGGUGCAGCGGACCCCCGAGGAGGAGCGUGGCCUCCUGCACAGCGACAGCAACGGCUACACCAACUUGCCUGACGUGGUUCAGCCCAGCCACUCUCCCACGGAAGCCAAGAGCAGCAACGGGUCCUCCUCCCCCACCAAGGAGGGGGCCUCUGACUACCAGUCGCGGGGGCUGGUCAAGGCUCCGGGCAAGAGCUCCUUCACCAUGUUUGUGGAUCUGGGCAUCUAUCAAAGCUCCCCUGGGGGAGGAGACACCAUCCCCAUCACGGCCUUCGACCCCGGGCGGCUGGAGCAGCUGCAGCUGGAGGCCCGGAAGGGCUCCGUGGUCAACGUGAACCCUGCCAACACGCGGCCCCACAGUGACGCCCCGGAGAUCCGCAAGUACAAGAAGCGCUUCGGCUCGGAGAUCCUCUGCGCAGCCCUCUGGGGGGUCAACCUGCUGGUGGGCACUGAGAACGGGCUGAUGCUGCUGGACCGCAGCGGUCAGGGCAAGGUCUACGGCCUCAUCAACCGCCGGCGCUUCCAGCAGAUGGACGUCCUGGAGGGUCUGAACCUGCUGACCACCAUCUCAGGAAAGAGGAACAAGCUGCGGGUCUAUUACCUCUCCUGGCUGCGCAACAAGAUUUUGCACAACGACCCGGAAGUGGAGAAGAAGCAAGGCUGGACCACCGUGGGGGACCUGGAGGGCUGCCUCCACUACCGCGUGGUGAAGUACGAGCGGAUCAAGUUCCUGGUGAUCGCGCUGAAGAGCUCGGUGGAGGUCUACGCCUGGGCCCCCAAACCCUACCACAAGUUCAUGGCCUUCAAGUCUUUCGCCGACCUGCCGCACCGGCCGCUGCUGGUGGAGCUGACGGUUGAGGAAGGGCAACGGCUGAAGGUCAUCUACGGCUCAUGUGCCGGAUUCCACGCCAUCGAUGUGGACUCCGGAAACAACUACGACAUCUACAUCCCGGUCCACAUCCAAUCCCAGAUCACCCCACACGCCAUCGUCUUCCUGCCCAACACGGACGGGAUGGAGAUGCUGCUUUGCUACGAGGACGAGGGCGUCUACGUCAACACUUACGGGCGCAUCAUCAAGGACGUGGUCCUACAGUGGGGGGAGAUGCCCACCUCCGUGGCGUACAUCUGCUCCAAUCAGAUCAUGGGCUGGGGCGAGAAGGCCAUUGAAAUCCGCUCGGUGGAGACGGGGCACCUAGAUGGCGUCUUCAUGCACAAGCGGGCCCAGCGGCUGAAGUUUCUGUGCGAACGCAACGACAAGGUGUUCUUCGCCUCAGUGCGCUCCGGGGGCAGCAGCCAGGUCUACUUCAUGACCCUGAACAGGAACUGCAUCAUGAACUGGUGAAGGCCGCUGCUGGUCCUGCUCGGCGGGAGGAUCCCCAGCCGGCCCAGAGAGUCUUGGGGGGGGGGCUGGGGGCACAGGGCUUCUGGCAGAGGGGGAGGCUCCUGUGAGUCUUCCAGGGCAAACCAGACUGGGUGGGCUAGCUUUCUUUCUCAAGGAGGCUACAGGAUCAUUCAAUCUGGGGGUACAGCCCCCCCCCUUUCAGCCACCAGAUCCAUCAUCAGGGCCAAUCUCCCCUUCUGCCCCCCUCACCCCAGAGGCCCUGCCUCCCUCCCCUCCCCCCAAGGCCACCCACACAUUCCGUGGCAGCUGGGAGGGGAGGGGGGCUCUCAGUCAGAGCCUCUCCCAGUGAUCCCAGCCCCCCCAACUUGCUGUCUUGAGCUGGAGGAAGAAUACCCCUCAUCCCAAUUGCGAGGGGGGGAAUGAUGGAACAAAUGACACACACACACACACAUAUACACACCCCUUACACUCUCACCCGUGAACUCAACCUUCUGGCCCUCUUCUGUUUCUCCCCUCCUUGUGAUUUGGGCACCACAGUACCCCCCCCACGUGACCCCCCCCCUCUUUGCUCUCUGGAAUCCUUGAGGGGGGAGACUGGCUGCUCUCGGGAGUCCCCCUCCUCGCUCCCCCCCCCCCGCUGGCCCCCAGCUUUGGGCUUCACCUGGAUGUAUAUCUAGAAUUUUCUCUCCCAUUAACCACGGGGGAGCUCUGUAUAUUUUGCUUUAAUUAUUCUUUUGUAAUGGCAAUUUAAGUAAUUAACUAAUGAAGCACUUUAAUGGCCCAGCUCAUCAGGUUGGGCAGGGGGCACCCUCAGAGGCCUGGGCCACCCCUCCUCCUCCGGGGUGGGCCCUCUGCUGGCUCCAGGAGUGGGGGGGGCUUUCCCCCUUCCCCAGGCAGAGGCACUGUCUGCUUUUGUCCCCCUCCUCCCCCCCUCGCCCCCCCCCCUUGGCUAGGCUUGGGAUGCUUCCACAGGGCUUACUCUGGUGGCGGCUGGGGCAGAGGCAGGCCAGGACACCGCGGCUCCUGUUUGCAACUUGAUUUUCUUGUCCAGUUUGCUUGCAUUUGUAUAUAACCCCCUCCCCGACUCCUCUGUGGAAAAGGGAGCUCCCCCCCCCAGGGAUCAGUGGUGGCCUUUGCAUUUCAUCUCUUGAUAAAGAACCAAAAUCCUC